GCUUCACACUCACUCAUCAAACACCAAGGAAUCCUAAGAAAACUGCAAUGGCUAGGCUUGUCCUUUUUGUGGUUCUAGCAGUAGCGCUUGGCAUUUCCAUGGUGGGUCACAAGGUUAUGGCAAAAGAAAGAACCCAGUAUCAUCGAGACAGCACUAAUGGAUUUGGAGCUGGAAGUGUAAGGAGCUAUGAAUGCCCAAACGAAUGCACAAGGAGAUGCAGCAAGACACAAUACCACAAAACCUGCAUGUUCAUGUGUCAAAAAUGUUGUGCCAAAUGCCUGUGUGUGCCUCCUGGAUACCAUGGGAACAAAGAUGUUUGCCCUUGCUACAACAACUUGAAGACCAGGCGUGGAGGACCCAAAUGCCCUUAAGUCUUCCUCAUCUACUACUUUUAAUUUUCCUCUUCUUGUUUUGUUUCAUUUCUCGAAUAAAAAGUGGAGCAAGUUUCAUGAUUAA